GCUAUUCUUAUUACUAUACGCAUGGAGUAUCAGAUUGAAGAGAGACGUUUCUAGUUGUUAAACACAGUAAGUGGCAAUGUAGCUGAUGACUGCAAAGAAUAAUCUUUAAAAUGUAUAUUUAACGCUGACAAGUAGUGUUAAUUAUUUUAUCUAUUUCAUCGACUUGUGUCUGUAGUUGUAGUCUGUACCCGCCUCACGGUGCAGCUGUUAUCUUAGUUCAGGCACUUUAGCCACUAGCUAACAUUAGCUGCUGUGGCGCUAACCAGCUAGCAACUCUCCACCACACGACCUGUCGUUAGCAACGAGAGCAGCAUCACGGAGUGCUCACCAAGCACGACAGCUACAACGCGGCGACUGAGAAACUAAGAUUUAUACAAGGUGUGUGAGUCGGAGUGUGCUGUGGUAAAGACGGAGCUGCAAUGUUGAACCCCACCAACGGUGACCCAGGCUACGUUGUUGCGAAUUAUGUGGAGGAGUACUUGGACCUGGUGGAAUCGCUACCCUUUGAUCUACAGAGGAGUGUGUCUCUCAUGAAGGAAAUCGAUGCCAGGUAUCAAGAUGUUCUGAAGGAGCUCGACGAUGCGUAUGAACGUUAUCGCAGGGAAUCUGACACACUUCAGAGGCGCAAGCUUCAGUUAUCGAUUCAAAGAGCUCUGAUCCGCAGUCAAGAGCUCGGAGAUGAAAAGAUCCAGAUUGCUGGUCAGAUGGUGGAGUUGGUUGAAAACCGAACGCGACAACUAGACUGGCAUUCUGAACGUAUCCUUUCAUCUCAAGAGGUCCCAGAGAGCCACGUUCCUACAACAACGCCCGUGACGACCCCUGUAGCAUCCACAGUGUCCUCAUCAUCAGCCACCAUCACCCCCGGCAAACCCAGCCACCAAGAGAAAAAGCGUGAGGAGGUAACGCCAAGCUCAGGUAGCGCUGACAAAGCUGGAGGGAAGCGCUCGAGGCGUCAGAAAAACGGAGAAAAUCGAGAAAGUUAUGGCAGUCUGGAUCACGCUGAGGAUGUGGGAGUGGGGGCAUCGCGGGAAAAACGUGCCAAAACAUCUUCUAAGAAGAAGAAACGGUCCAAGGGAAAGUCUGAGAGAGAGGUGUCGCCUCCAGAUCUGCCCAUUGAUCCAGAUGAGCCAACAUACUGCCUGUGUGAGCAGGUGUCAUACGGCGAGAUGAUUGGCUGCGAUAACGAUGAAUGUCCCAUCGAGUGGUUUCAUUUCUCCUGCGUCGGGCUCCACCAUAAGCCUAAGGGAAAGUGGUACUGCCCCAAGUGUAGAGGUGAGAAUGAGAAGACCAUGGACAAGGCCUUAGAAAGGGCUAAAAAGGAGCGCACAUACAACAGGUAGCUUGCUCUGCCUACUCUAAUGAACAUUUCUGUGUAAGAAUUUAAUUUUAUGUCUUCUUUGUUUCUAUUUACUGUUUAACUUUGUUAAAAUGUUACAGAGUGACAAGAGGGAUCUUGUACAUAGUUAUUUUUGUAACUGUUACAUAGCCGUUGAAAAAAAAAAGGAUCUUUCUCAAUUCUGUGGAAGAACUGACAUAAUACAACUGCAUGUUUGUUACCUGUUGUUCUGUAUUCCCAUCCCUCCUUGUUUUCACCAAGCUUGCAACAUCACCCUCUGAAUUAUCAAUAUUAUAUAAACAACAAUAAA